UGUAGCCUUUGGCGUCGUCAGAAAACAGGAACACAUGUAGUUUGGCUUUGCUGACAAACUAUUUCAGCGUGUCUUUUCUUCAAAGUGAUUUGUAGCCGCUCGCACGCUCCCCGGAAACACUCUCUGCUCUAAGGAGACACAACUCUCGUUCCUCUUUUCUUUCUUUCAAGCUGGACGGCACCGGAAGCUCGCAUCAUAACCGUUCGAGAUGUCACAGGCCACCAAACGCAAACACGUGGUCAUGGAGGUUCUCGGGGACUUUGUCACGCCCACCGCGAACCAGCAGAUUGUGAAGGUCACUGGUAGCCGUGGCAACAACCUCCAUGAAGCGGUCACAGCCCAGGGCGUGAGGUUCCUGGUGAGCAUGCCCCCCAAGUUCCGCAAGAACCUCUGGAUCAAGAGAGGUGACUACGUGAUUGUGGAUCCCAUUGAGGAAGGAGAGAAGGUGAAGGCAGAGAUCAGCUUCAUUCUCUACAAAGAUCACAUUCAGUACCUGCAAAAACAGCAGCUCUGGCCAGAGGGCUUUACGGAGGAGCCGGACAAGACGAACAAAGAGCAAGAAAAGGAAGAGGAGACGGAGGAGAAAGACAAGGACCUCAGUGACUCUGAAGAUGAGAGUGACCUCUUUGUAAACACCAACCGCUGUAACUACCACUACACUGAGAGUGAGGAGGAGGACAGUGAGGAGGAGGAGGACGCCGACAAAGACAAAGAGAAAAGGACAGAAAACGGUUCGUAGUGGCAGCACUGAGGAGGCGGACAAUCGAGAGUGAGAGUUGUGAGAAUCACGAGACGGUGGGCUCUGCUGUGCUGCUGCUGCCACUGACCGAUGAUGGGAAGUAAUGGUCCUCAUGCAACUGAUCCGUCUGGACUGCCUGUUGUAGACCUUACAUGGCUGGGCUCAUUGAAUGGACUUUAACGUACUGGAACAGAAUAAGUCUUGCUUGUUAAAUUAGUUUAAAAAAGAAGAAAACGGAAUCAGUCAUAACAAAGCUGACGUUCUUCUGUAGUUUCAGUGUCUCACUGAAAAUGUGUCCUAAACUCAAGCAUGUUUAUAGUCUGAACUUCAGUGCAGUGAUCACUAUAUUGCUGGUACACUACAGGGUGUACUGUAUACUUAGGCCAUACUGUACAUCUGCAGGAUGUUGAUGGAAACUGUUUAAUCCAUUCAUCCAUAGGACAGAAUUGAAAAUCAGAAACACGACUCAGAACAUUGACAGACCAGACUGUAGUCGUGUUUAAUUGUUAGUUUAGUAUGAGGAGUCGGGAGCGUGGUGGGAAUUUAAAGAUCUUUCCAGUAUUCCUGGUCCUCUGGAGAACAUUCCUUUUAACAAGCUGGACUGUUUCCAUUCUUACAGAGUAUUUUAUUUUCAAAUGAAUGCAGCUGAUGGUUUUAAAGAUCAAAAUGCUCUGGUUUCAAUUGUAUCACGGCAUACUGAUCGUUGGUCACUGUGACUGAUUGAUUAGAGCCUCGUCUUCUCGACAUUCCUUGCUGACUUGGUUUUGUGCAAUGAUAAAAGAUUAAUUCUACAUUCUUAA